UUCAAAUCCGCGCCUGCAAAAUCGUGCUCUGGGCUGUUAAAAGCAAUAGAAACUGAGAGAUCGACAAGGAGGGAAAGCAGGGAGAGAACUCCCUUUCGUCCGGAUCGGAAAGGGCGUAGGAUCAUAAACUGGAGUUUAGUACACUACCAGACGGAGAAUACAGCGGAGUUGCAGUCACGUAACUUCGAUUCAGAACUUGCAACUCCAUCUGUUAUAAGACGGCAGCAACAAAAGUUCUGCUCAAUUGAAAAUGGAAUACGGCCCAAUUCCGUCUUCCCGUUUUGACGAUGUCAUCAAUCAUUUGAGAAAAAGUUUUCCCGACGAACCAUUGAAUGCAUCAGUGGGUCUGAGUCUUCACAAUCAGCCGUGUCCGUUGCUGGAAAAAUACGAUUUACUAACGUUGCAUGAAGGCUUGUCCGUUAUGGCUCUAGACACAGAAACAGGAGAGAUAGCCGGCGUUGCCUUAAACGGAAUUUCCAGACGGGGAGACAUAGAACAAUCUCUGGAAAACAUGAAAACAAUCGACAGCGUUCCAUACCAUCGAAUUUUUGGCCUAUUGAACGGGGUUAAUAAGGAAUUAGACCUUUUUACUGCAUACAACGUCGAUAAAAUAUUUGACCUCAGAAUACUCUCUGUUGAUUCGAAAUACAGGGGCAAAGGAUUGGCGAAGGAAUUAUUUUCGAGAAGUGAAAUUAUUGCUGAAGAACACGGAUUUAAGUUAAUGAAGGUGGAUGCGACCAGCUUGUUUACGCAAAAGAUCUGCGAAGCAUUUGGAUUGAAGGUGAUAAAAACUGUUCGUUACGGGGACUAUAAAGAUGAGAACGGUAAGAAGAUUUAUCCAACGGAAUCUCCACACGACUACUACAAAGUGAUGGUAAAACAAUUACCGUCUAGAAAAGAUAACGACUGAAGUACAAGAAUUUGAGAACACAGACGUAUUUUUGUUUAAAAAUCUCUAGGUAUU